AUGUGUGGCGACAUGCUCAAUAGUGGAGAAAUGGGUGAAACACAUGCUCAAAAAUGGACUCCCCUGCAUUCCUCUGAAUUAUGGAAUACUUUCCUUCUUCGUUCCUCUAUCAAGUUUGUAGAGGAGUCCAGUGUUGAGGAGUCCAUUAUUGAGAAUCUUAGUGGAUUCGACUUGGAUUAUAUGUAUGUGGAGCACGGUGUUGAUAAACCUAACAUAAUAGAUGAAGCAGUGGAAAUUCAUGGAUUUGAUGUUGAUGCUGAUGUUGUUGAAGUUAUCUAUGAUAAGGAGGAUGUUAUUGUAGAUGAUGAUGAUGUUGAAGUUAACAAUGAGAAGGAGGAUAAUGUUAAAGUUAACAAUGAGAAGGGGGAUAAUGUUGAAAUUAACAAUGAUAAGCAGGAUAAUGUUGAAGUUGACAAUGAUAAGGAGGUUGAUAUUGAAGGUGACAAUGACAAGGAGGAUACUUUUAAAGUUGAUGUUGAUGCUGAAGUUAACUAUGAUAAGGAUGACGACGUUGAAGUUAACAUUGAUAAGGAGGGUAAUGAUGAUACAUAUGUUGACUAUGUUGGAAGUGAAUGUUCCUCUAAAAGUGACAUUUAUAUCAAUGAAUACUCUAUUGAAUAA